AUGCACUCACUCAAAACGUUGCUCGUCGCGAAUCGUGGCGAGAUCGCGGUUCGAAUCUUGACAACAGCAAAGAAAUUAAACCUCCACACAGUCGCUAUCUAUACCGAACCCGAUGCUGCCUCGUCCCACGUUCACCUAGCAGACCAGGCGUUUCUGCUUUCGGGGUCGCCUUCCAAGGCAUACAUCGAUGGGGACCAAAUUAUCGAAAUUGCCAGGCGGGCUGGCGCCGACGCAAUCAUUCCAGGCUAUGGGUUUUUGUCUGAGAAUGCCGAUUUUGCGAGAGCCGUGUCCAGCGCUGGCUUGGUUUUUGCGGGCCCUUCCCCGGAGAGUAUCGAGGCAUUUGGACUCAAGCACACGGCACGGGAUUUAGCUACCAAAGCUGGAGUCCCUAUUGUCCCAGGCUCGCUGGGGCUCGUGACGAGCGAAGAUGAGGCCGUCAAAACUUCGAAUGACUUGGGCUUUCCGGUUAUGCUCAAAGCCACAGCUGGCGGCGGUGGAAUGGGCCUGCUUACUUGCCACUCGGAGAAGGAAGUUCGAGAAUCGUUUGCGACCGUUAGGUCCAGAGGAGAAGCUCUGUUCAAGAAUGCCGGGAUGUUUAUCGAACGCUACUAUCCAUCGAGCCAUCACAUUGAGGUUCAGGUAUUCGGCAACGGCGCCGGUAAAGCUAUAUCUAUUGGCGAACGCGAAUGUUCGAUCCAACGAAGACACCAAAAGGUCAUCGAAGAAUGCCCGAGUCCGUUUGUCACAAGGAAUCCCGGUUUGAGAGAAGACUUAUGCAAGGCUGCCGUCCGUCUCGCCGAAUCGAUCAAUUAUGCGUCAGCUGGGACAAUUGAAUAUCUCGUGGACGACGAGACGGGGGCGUUCUUUUUCCUUGAAAUGAACACCCGUCUUCAGGUCGAGCAUGGGAUCACGGAAUUGUGUUAUGGUCUUGACUUGGUAGAGCUAAUGCUGAAACAAGCGGACGCUCAACUUUCUGGAAAGUCAGGCUUAGAAGCGACUUUCCUUGCUUCGAUACCCACGGAUGCGCCGUCUGGUAGUGCUAUCGAGGCUAGAGUCUACGCGGAAAAUCCAGUGAAGGAUUUCGCACCAUGUCCAGGAACUUUACAGAGCGUUGAGUGGAAAGAGCUGCCGGGGUCCAGGAUCGACACCUGGGUUUACAGAGGAAUCAAAGUGUCAGCGAAUUAUGACCCUCUCCUCGCCAAAAUCAUGUUCCAUUCGCCCAGCAGAAAGGAGACGAUCGAGGGAAUGAAAACUAUACUGACAGAAUCACGAAUCUGCGGUCCUCCAACAAACCUACAAUUUCUGGCCGCAAUUCUCGCCGAUGCGAGAUUUGCCUCGGGGAACACGAUCACCAAGUUUCUAAGCAACUUCGAGUACAAUAUUUCGGCUGUGGACGUGCUCUCUGGGGGUGCUUAUACGCUCAUUCAGGACUGGCCUGGUCGUCCUACUCUCGGUCGUGGGUUCUGUCACUCUGGCCCUAUGGAUCCCUUGGCCUUCCGGAUAGCGAACGCGCUGGUCGGGAAUCCUGUCGGCGUUGAAGGGCUCGAAAUUACCCUUAGCGGACCCGAAUUGCGCUUUUUGGGGCCAGCGGUCGUCUCGCUUUGCGGAGCCCCGAUUGAGGCCAGCCUCGACGGCAGUCCUAUCCCGAUGUGGGCCCGGGUCCGAGUUUCUGCUGGCCAGCGUUUGAAGAUAGGCAAAACGGUGGGAAAUGGCUGCAGAGCCUAUCUGGCAGUGUAUGGUGGGUUCUCCAACGUUGCCGAAUGGUUCGGAUCAAAAUCUACCUCUCCUAUGGUCGGAGUAGGAGGCUACCAAGGUCGACAGCUUGCUUCGGGCGAUCUCCUUUCAAUCACCGACCAAAUCCCAGAUACCGAUGAGGACGUUCGUCUCCCAGAGCACCUCAUCCCCAAGUAUCCAAGCCACUGGGAGCUACUGGCUAUGCCUGGGCCCUACGACGAAGGCUACCUCGUGCCGGAAAGCAUCGACAUGCUUUAUACCACCGAAUGGAAAGUUUCACACAAUGCUGCACGAGGUGGAAUCCGACUUAUCGGCCCCAAGCCCACCUGGGCGCGCUCGGAUGGAGGCGAAGGCGGCGCUCAUCCGUCCAACUUGAUCGAGUAUGGAUACGCUAUCGGAUCACUCAACUGGACUGGGGAUGACCCCGUGAUAUUCCCGCAGGAUGCACCAGACUUUGGCGGGUUUAUCAGCAGUCAUACCAUUGUGAAGGCGGAUCUAUGGAAACUGGGGCAGGUGAAAGCAGGAGACACUCUCAAGUACAGGGCUACUUCCUUGGCAGAUGCCAUUGCCUCCCGCAAUGACGUUGAACGAUUCGUCAGUAAGGUCGUCCAGUGCUGUUCCCAGGGGAGUGGCUGGAGCGGCGUAACUCCCAUUUCAAGUGAUCUACCGCCUGAAGUGACAGCCAAUAGUCGCGGUAAUGGUGUCGUCCACCAAAUCCAGGAGAAGGGCAAUCAGCCGCUUGUUUCAUAUCGACAGGCUGGUGAUGACUACAUCCUGAUCGACUAUGGACGAGGCGCAUUUGACCUCAACCAUCGCUGCCGAGUCACUGCUCUCAAGAAAGCGUUAAACGAUGGGACGGGCGACAUAGCCUUUUCAAAUGGGCUCAUCGCAAUGGUCGGAUGUGGCAACUCCCUCAUGCUCUACUACAACGGCGCAAAGAUCCCUCAGAAAGACCUCAUAACCCACCUCUGCACCAUCGAAGCCCAACUCGGCGACCUCAGCGCAGCCAAAAUGCCCAGUCGACUCUUCAAACUGCCCCUCACCUUCGAAAGCCAGAGACAAAAGGACGCACUCCAGCGGUACAUGGAGACGCAGCGGCCCUACGCCUCCUACCUCCCAGACAACAUGUCCUUCGUCGCCAAGAACAAUGCCUUCACCAUGGAAGAGUUCCAAAACAUCUACCUCAGCGCAAGCUUCAUGGUCGUCGCCGUCGGAUUCUUCACCGCACUCCCGCUGUCCCUCCCCGUCGAUCCACGACAGCGCAUGAACUGUCCAAAGAUGAAUCCCAGCCGGGUCCACACACCGGCAGGGUCAAUAUCAUGGGGAGGAAGCUGCAUGGCAUUAUACAACGUCGACUCCCCCGGCGGGUACCAAAUGACCGGAAUGACCAUCCCGGGCGUCGACAUCCUGGGCUCAAAGAAGGGCUACACAGCGAACCAACCCUGGCUCUUCGAAGACUUCGACCAGAUAACCUUCUACCGCGUCAGCGAAGCCGAGUACGAGAAACAACUCGCGCUGUUCAACAGCGGCCGCUACGAGUACCAGUGGGAGGACGUCACCUUCGACAUGGCAGAGCACAAUAGACUUCUCAGCGAUACGAAAGCCGAGGUAUCCGAGAUCCGCGCGCGCCAGCGCAAAGCGCAGGUUGAGAUGGAUAGCCUCGAAAGCAAGCUUCUCACUAAGUGGGCUGCUGAGAAGGCAGAAAGGGGUGUUCCGGCUGAUGCUAUUGAUGAGUUACUUAAGGACCCAAAAAUAACCCCCAUCGAAGCCCCCCUCAACGCCAACGUCUGGAAAGUCCAAGUCAGCCCCGGCGACCGCCUCACGGACGAAGGCCACGUGGUGGUCAUCCUCGAAGCGAUGAAAUUGGAGAUCGCUGUGCGUGCCGAGUCCGAUGUCGUGGGCGCUACUGUUGAGAAGGUCCUUGUUCAGUCUGGGGAUCCUAUUGAGGCUGGGAAGCCGUUGAUGCUUGUGCGGAGGGGUUGA